UUUUGCUUACGACGACUCUGGACAUGUGGCAGCUUGUUCAGAUACUGUCAGCAUCACAGCUCUGGUUUAGCGAUGGGAACUCGAUCGAGACCAUCCGAGGAGGCCGUGGUAUCUCGUCUCGGCUCAUUGUCGAUGGCCAGGGGUUUCUGGACGUGACCGAGGUGCAUAUACCAGGGGCAUUGGCUCUCGACGCCAAUGGAGCAACUCUGUGGCUGAAGAGGCAUGGACGAAGUGGUGAUACCCCUGAGUGUCCGUAUCUGGGAAGUAGUUCAUCCCCCCUGAGCCUAUCUCUCGGAGUCGACAACGAUGGUACUUUCGACCUGAAUUUCGCACAACUUCCCGGAUCUUGUUAUAGCGCUUCGAAGCAGGCAUCGGGUCGCCUCAAGCCUCUGCCUGCCAUUUCUGUUGGGGAUGCCGCCGUCGUUAGCAACAUGAUUGACGAGAGGUUUAUUCCUUACCAGAACAUAACAGAUGCCCCUUCAAGACCCAUUGCGGAAAUCAAGGCUAUGGGUAGGCAGCUAUUCCCCUUUACGCCGCACUAUUUCGAGCUCGCUAUGUGUCUCUACGACUGGACAACGGCGUCAUUUGUGCGCAUGGUGCUGUUCAAAAUCUUCCAGUACACUGGGGUCAGCUCGGGAAUUGCGUCUCGUCCGCAUCCAUUAGAUCGCGAGAGCAUUGCCCUCAGCAUCUGGCAGAGCAACUUCUCCGCGUACACGCCGCAGAACGCGGAUUACAUGCGGGCGUUUAUGAUGGAGCCGGCGGAUUCGCUGGAGAAUCUGACGGCUCAGCUGAACGCGGUGAUGGAGCAGGUGUACGCCUUGAACGAGAUUGAGAACCGCCUGCUUGCUGCUGCCUUGGAGGCACUGCCACGGACGUCAAUCAUGUCGAAGCCGCGACUGUUCAGCGGCCAGGUGGACAUGGGGCAGCUCGGGAUGGAGCGGUUUGGGGUUGAGUUUCUCGAGUGUCCGCUGAACGAGGGCCCUGUGGACGUUGAGAUGGCGAUUUCGCUGGAAGAUGCUCUGACGAGUUACAUGGCUGUUGGAAAGACUGUCACGACUAAGAUGGCCUGGAGCUUCACGGACAACAUGGCUGAUGCGCUUCACUACUCUAAUGGGAUCGUGCUGGUGCUGGAUCCGCCGUCUGAGGCGCGGGUGUGGGAUGCUGUGUCGUUUGUCACGCCGUUGUCUGAUGAUCCGGACAAGACUGAGUAUGUGGCUGCUCCGGGGACGAAAUUUGAGGUCAAGUCUGUUUGGUAUACCGUCGUUUUGGGUAGGAAUGUGACAAUGAUUGGGCUGGAGCCUGUGGCGAGAGGAGAGGGGAAGCGUGGGAUCAAGGGGCAAUACGAGGGGGUUGGAGGGCAGAGAGUACUACACAGAUGAAGAUGAACAUUGUGGUUGAAGAGGCGGGUCAGCUGGAUGAGGUUGCGAUGUUUUUCAUGAAGUUGAGGAGAUGAUCGGCAUCAAUGAUGUCUGGUGUCUGAUGUUUGAUAUAUGUACAUGUAUGUAUGGGGAGGAGAUGAUCGGCAUCAAUGAUGUCUGGUGUCU